GCUCACUCACUCUUUGUGCACCCAACUCAACCAUUUUUCUCAUUAUUUCUCCUUCACACUUCAAUUUUCCCUCUUAAUAUCCAAAAACUUAAUUUAUCAAACUAUGUUUUGAUCGCAAAUUUCAAUAUUCCAAACUCUUUUUUUGGUUAAGAUUAUUAAGCUAGCAACUAAACAAUUUGCUAGCAAAAAUUUCUUCAACUUUCUAGAUUAGCAAAUGAAUCCCUUAAACAUAAACCACAUCAAAGUAGAGAAAGCAAAAUCCAUCAAACUUAGGUACCAAAAACUAAGAAAUAUCACACAUUUUUUUCGAGUUUUCGAAAUCAUCCUAAUUCUUGCAGUGAUCUCAAGGCUAUCCUUUCAAUUACCCUUAGCAUUAUUCCAGCUAUCAAAUGAAUUCAUCCACACUUUAUCUAUCUUCCUAGUUAGCCCUCAGUUCGUGUUCAUCUUAGGGAACGCAAUCGUGAUCACUCUUUUCGUGAACUCGGGGCAUCUAAACAGCAACCUUAAGUCACCUAAAACUUCUUCAUUAGAGCGUAAGAACAUGAAGACAGUGCAGAAGUCUGUUAAGAAACAGGUAAUGCCAGAGGAAAACGCGAUGAUGGCAAUGAUUUUUUCGACUUCAGAGCAGCAGCAGGUGAUCAAAAUUUACCACAGGAGUAAGUCUGACAAGGUGAGGAGGGAAAAGGUAGAGGAUAAGUGCUGUGGAUUACGAAGGUCGAACACGGAGAUUAAGAGUUUGAGAGGUUGUGGAUGUAGUAAGGUUGCAAAAGAAGGUCAUUACCCUGAAGAUCAUAUGAGUAAUGAAGAAUUUCAGAAGACAGUAGAAAACUUUAUUGCUAGACAACAGAGGUUUUUGAGAGAAGAAGAGUACUCUGCUCUUAUAGAGUAGAUUUUUGUGCAAUAGUACUACUUUGUUCUUGCAGAAGAAUGGGGGGUUGGGGCCUGGGGGGGUGGAUUUUAGUUGUUUUUGGAAGGUUUUUGUACAGUUUUACUUCUGAAAAUGGUAGUGUACUUGUUAUUUGCUAUAGUUUGCCUUAAGGGUUUUAAACUUUAGUAUAAAAA